CGCGAAUUACUUACCCUUUAUAUACUAGGUUGAUCCCAGGUAUACUAAGUCGAAGAUCAGACUGCUAGGCGAACAAUACCUUGUUGCUUACUCCGGUCUCUGCCUCCGCUCUGAUGGCUGACAUUGGUCCGUCAUGAUAAACUCUGGGUUGAGCUGCCGAAUACGAGAAUGCUUCGCAAGAAAGAAGUCUACACCAACACUAUCUCCCUCCCCUCCAAUAUCCCUCGUCAACUAGCCAUCGAUAUCCUCCACAACCACGGCGAGAUCAUCUCCCUCAACCCCCUCGUCAUCUCCCACCACCCCAUCAAAGCCCCGCGCAAUGCUCCAGCAGAUGAGUACUACUCAACAUGGUACGAGAUUACUGAGCGAGUGCGCUACGUCCCCGGCACGAUCAGCUUCAGAGCCUGCUUCCACGACGAACCCUGGGGGCUGAAAACCCACACCUACGCACCCAUGGGCGUUGAUCUGCGCAACACAUAUCGCAUUGUGGAGGACCCAAUCAAUGACCCGUCACUUGAACUCGCAGUUACAGAGUCCGUGGGGAAUAAUAAAGGAGGACUGUGUCUGCGCGAAGACGUCGAGAUCGAAUGCAACUUAACACUGAUUUCGUUCGUGAAGAGCCAGCUGCGCGCCGCAUCCAAGGUAUUAGUGGAUCGCCUGAUCAAGAAGGCCGAACUCCUCGAUGCAGGUGUCCUGCAUGGUAUCAUGGAAGACGGGGUGCUCAGGACGUAUAACCCAGCGGAUCGGACACACACCGCCGUUAUGAUGCAGCCGGAUGAACGGUCCCGACGAUCGUCAUACCAGGUGCCCAUGUCGCCGAGUGAGUAUUCACGGUCGGAGUCAAUGACUUCGCAGACGCCCUAUGCCUUUGCGCAGCAGUAUCGGCAGGGUCGUAAGCAAGAAUUUACGGCGGAAUUACCGGCUGAUACGUAUUACCCCAUGUCGGAGCCGGGAAAAUAUAAAGUACCACCAGAUGGAGGAUACCCGGCUGAACUGCCAGCAAUGAACGAGAGGCCUGGAGGGUAGUGCCUUUCGAUGUACACAUGUCCCAUGAUUGAUGGACAUCUUGGAAGUAUUCUGGAUGAAAAUUCAAGCAUAUUCUAGGUACAACGAUACCCACUCUCCUUUGAGCAGAUAUGCAGCGCCACAUCUCUUGUGUGUCUGAACUUUAUAUACAGUCCUCCAGAACCAACCGCUG